GGCACUGGGGGGUGGAGUAGGGGCCUCUAAGCUUCUUCCUGUCUGCCUAUGACGUCCUUGGCAGCAGGCUCUCCCGUGUCAUGAUCUGGACGGAAGGUGGAGCCCCUAAGCUGUCUGUGCUAGGUAGUUUGCUCACAGAAGAUCAUGGAUUUGGGGAAAUGCUGAGUUAAAAGGGUGGGGGCACUUCCUCUUGGUCCUGACUGAUGUGGAUGAGAAGCUGGUGGAGAAAGUCCCAGGGAAUGGGUCAGCACUUUCUGAUUUGCUUUGCCUCAUCACCCAGAUGCAGACCUGGGAACUGUGAUCCAAAAGGUUGUUUGCAUCCUCCUGCCCCCUUGCCGCACACAUUUAAAUCCCUCAGUACUUAUCGAGAACCUUCACCCUCUCACCAGCUGCAAUUAUUUCCUUCCCCCAUGCCACUGGAGUGUCAACAGAUGUAACCUUCCUCCAUGUUUCUCCUGGUUUGCCCUGUCCUAGCCUCCUCCCUAUCUCCACCCAGAGAAAGCCCCGCCUUUCCCUCCUCCCGCCCUCCACCCUAGUCUGUCACACGGGGACAUCACCCAACAGCAGUUCAGGCUGUGGUUCGCAGGAAGCACACAUUGGCUUUUUGAUUGUUGCUAGUUCCCAGCUCACAAUUUGGGAGGAUCUAACGCCAGCCUUCACGUGAAGGGGGACCCAAGGACAGUGAGGAGCUGGGUGGUCCCAGCCCUGGAGCCUGGCAAGCCUGACAUGGAAUAUUCAGUGCAAUAGAAGUGCACUGCAUUAAAUUGAAUGGGAAUUAUCUUGAAGCCUGCAAAGUCUGGUGAGUUUCAGGCAAAGGAAACCUGAUUUUUUAGUCUCAUUUCAUCCACUGUUUUGACCUUGAAGAAGUUGGUUAACCUCUCUGGGCCUUAGUUUCUUCAUCUGACAAACAAGGUUGAACUAGAAGUUCUCUAAGCUCUAACAUCUUAUGAUACUGUUCCUGCAAUAGACAUUUUAGGUGACAAGCUCAAGUUCUCUACUAGAUUUUCCUCUUGUUCUCAGGUUUCAUACAGUUAUAUAACCCUAUCAGAAAAAGUAAUGGAACUACAGCCUCCAUAAGAGGUGGACAUUUGGGGCAUCUUAUUUGCUGGUCAUUUUUCCCAUUCCCUGACCCUCUGACCGUGCUUAGGCCAGACUCUGGUCUUCCCUGCCAGGCCCCAGAGCCAAGUCUCCUUUUCCCAUGCACAGGAAUCUUCCCAACGUCCAGGGCCCUGCAGAUGUCGCGGUGAUCCAGGCAGGACCAGGCUGCCCCCACGGGACAGAAAUGGAGGCAAACGACCAUUUUAACUUUACUGGCCUUCCCCCUGCACCUGCUGCCUCAGGACUGAAACCCUCUCCUUCUUCAGGGGAGGGCCUCUACACUAACGGGUCUCCCAUGAACUUCCCCCAGCAAGGGAAAAGUUUGAAUGGGGAUGUGAAUGUUAAUGGCUUAUCUACUGUAUCUCACACUACUACUUCAGGGAUUUUGAACUCUGCUCCCCACUCCUCCAGCACCUCACACCUCCAUCACCCCAGCGUGGCCUACGACUGUCUCUGGAACUACUCACAAUACCCAUCCGCCAAUCCUGGCAGCAACCUCAAGGACCCAUCCCUUCUCUCCCAGUUCUCUGGGGGACAGUACCCACUCAACGGCAUCAUUGGGGGCAGCCGGCAACCUUCAUCCCCAAGUCACAACACUAACCUUCGGGCUGGGAGCCAAGAGUUCUGGGCCAACGGUACCCAGAGUCCCAUGGGGCUUAACUUCGACUCACAGGAACUGUAUGAUUCCUUUCCUGACCAGAAUUUUGAUGUGAUGCCCAAUGGACCCCCUAGUUUUUUCACCUCUCCACAGCCUUCUCCUAUGUUGGGAUCCAGCAUCCAGACCUUUGCACCGUCUCAGGAGGUAGGCAGUGGUAUCCAUCCUGAUGAGACGGGAGAAAAGGAGCUGACUUCAGUGGUGGCAGAGAAUGGCACUGGCUUGGUAGGCAGCCUGGAGCUGGAAGAAGAGCAGCCAGAACUGAAGAUGUGUGGCUAUAAUGGCUCCGUCCCCUCUGUGGAAUCAUUGCACCAAGACGUCUCAGUCCUGGUCCCUGACCCUUCAGUGAGCUGCUUAGAUGAUCCUUCACACCUUCCUGACCAACUGGAAGACACUCCAAUCCUCAGUGAAGAUUCUCUGGAGCCCUUCAACUCUCUGGCACCAGAGCCAGUGAGUGGAGGACUCUAUGGUAUAGAUGAUACAGAGUUGAUGGGUGGAGAGGACAAGCUGCCUCUGGGGGACAGCCCUGUGAUCUCUGCCCUUGAUUGCACUUCACUCAAUAACACCACUGCCUUCAGUCUCCUGGCAGAUGAUAGUCAAACUUCAGCCUCUAUCUUUGCCAGCCCGACCUCUCCACCUGUCUUAGGGGAGUCUGUCCUGCAAGAUAACAGCUUUGAUCUGAAUAAUGGUAGUGAUACAGAACAGGAAGAAAUGGAGACUCAGGCUUCUGACUUUCCAGCCCCUGACCACCCAUCCCCUAUUCACCUACACCCAGCAGCCUCACCAGCAGUAUCACCAACAGUGUCUCCGGAACUCUCCUUGGCAGUUUCUCCAGCAGCCUCCUCGGAAAUCUCUCCAGAAGUCUCCCCAGCGGUCUCUCCAGCAGCCUCCACAGAAAUCUCCCCAGCAGCCUCCCCGACAGUCUCUCCAACUUCCUUAGCAGCCCCCGCAGCAGUCUCCUCAGAAGUUUCCCUGACGGCCUCCCCAGUGGCCUCCCCAAAAGCCUCCCCUGCAACUUCCUCAGCAGCUGCCUUCCCAACAGCCCCCACGACAAAUAAGGAUAUCAGCAGCUUCCCUGAAACCACUGCUGACCUGGAAGAGAUCGCUGGAGAAGGAAACACUGCUGGUAGUGGUGAUGUUCUAAGGAGACGUAUCGCUACGCCAGAAGAAGUUCGUUUUCCCCUCCAGCAUGGGUGGCGGAGAGAGGUGCGCAUCAAGAAGGGCAGCCACCGAUGGCAGGGGGAGACUUGGUAUUAUGGCCCCUGUGGAAAGAGGAUGAAGCAGUUCCCAGAAGUGAUCAAGUACCUGAGCCGCAACGUAGUACACAACGUCCGCCGUGAACACUUCAGCUUCAGUCCUCGCAUGCCUGUUGGAGAUUUCUUUGAAGAGAGAGACACACCAGAGGGCGUGCAGUGGGUACAGCUCUCAGCAGAGGAAAUCCCAUCCAGGAUUCAGGCAAUUACUGGCAAACGGGGUCGACCUCGGAACACUGAGAAGGCCAAGAUCAAGGAGGUCCCCAAGGUGAAACGGGGCCGAGGUCGGCCGCCCAAGGUCAAAAUCACAGAGCUAUUGAAUAAGACAGACAACCGACUUCUAAAGAAACUGGAGGCCCAAGAAACACUGAAUGAGGAGGAUAAAGCAAAGAUGAGUAAAAUUAAGAAGAAGAUAAGGCGGAAGGUACAGCGGGGAGAAUGUCAGACUACUAUCCAAGGGCAGGCCAGAAACAAGAGGAAACAAGAGACCAAGAGCUCAAAGCAGAAGGAAGCUAAGAAGAAAUCCAAGGCUGAGAAGGAGAAGGUAAAAACAAAGCAAGAAAAACUGAAGGAAAAAGUCAAGAGGGAAAAGAAGGAGAAGGUAAAAAUGAAGGAAAAGGAGGAGAUGACCAAAGCCAAGCCAGCUUGUAAAGCAGACAAGACCCUGGCCACACAGAGGCGCUUGGAGGAACGGCAGAGGCAGCAGAUGAUCUUGGAGGAGAUGAAGAAGCCCACAGAGGAUAUGUGUCUGGCUGACCACCAGCCUCUGCCUGACUUCUCACGUAUCCCUGGUCUGAUACUGCCCAGUGGGGCCUUCUCAGACUGCUUGACCAUCGUGGAGUUCCUGCACAGCUUCGGCAAGGUGCUGGGCUUCAAUCCUGCCGAAGAUGUGCCUAGCCUGGGGGUCCUGCAGGAGGGGCUCCUGUGUCAAGGCGACAGCUUGGGCGAGGUGCAGGAUCUGCUGGUGCGUCUCCUCAAGGCUGCACUCUAUGAUCCUGGCUUGCCCUCCUACUGCCAGUCCCUGAAGAUCUUGGGGGAGAAGGUGUCUGAGAUUCCACUGACAAGAGACAAUGUGUCUGAGAUCCUGCGCUGCUUCCUCAUGGCAUAUGGAGUGGAGCCAGCCCUCUGUGACAGCCUGCGCACCCAGCCUUUUCAGGCCCAGCCACCCCAACAGAAGGCUGCUGUCCUGGCCUUCCUUGUGCAUGAGCUCAACGGUUCCACCCUCAUCAUCAAUGAAAUUGACAAGACCCUGGAGAGUAUGUCCAGCUACAGGAAAAACAAGUGGAUUGUGGAAGGCCGGCUCCGGAGGCUGAAAACUGCUCUGGCCAAGCGCACUGGGCGGCCUGAAGUAGAGAUGCAGGGGCCAGAGGAAGGCCUGGGGCGGAGGCGCAGUUCUCGGAUCAUGGAGGAGACCAGUGGCAUGGAGGAGGAGGAAGAGGAAGAGGCUAUAGCAGCUGUCCGUGGCCGUAGGGGUCGAAGAGACGGAGAGGUUGAUGUCCCAGCAUCCAGCAUCCCAGAGCUAGAGCGCCAGAUAGAAAAACUCAGCAAGCGCCAGCUCUUCUGUCGCAAAAAGCUACUUCACUCAUCCCAAAUGCUUCGGGCUGUCUCCUUGGGGCAAGACCGCUACAGACGCCGCUACUGGGUGCUGCCAUAUUUGGCUGGUAUCUUUGUGGAAGGAACAGAGGGGAGUUUAGUUCCUAUGGAUGUAAAGCAGGAAGCUGACUCAUUAAAGGUGGCAGCCCAUCCAGCACCUAACACAGCCCUCUUUGUAAAGGAGUUAGCUGACUCCGGUACCUCUGCUGGUUCUCCUGCCCGGGCUCGAGGCCGACCUCGAAAAACUAAGCCUGGGUCUGUGCGACCUAGGCACCUUAAGUCUUCUGUCAAGAGUCAGGAUUCAGAACAGCCUCAGGCCCAGCCCCAGCCCCAGCCCCAGCCCCAGCCCCAGCCCCAGUCCCAGUCCCAGUCCCAGUCCCAGUCCCAGUCCCAGUCCCAUAGUGGGUUCUUGGAGCCAGAAGGCUCCCCUUUGUCUCUGAGUCAGAGCCAGCAUGACCUCAGCCAGUCAGCCUUCCUGUCUUGGCUGAGCCAGACUCAGAGCCACAGCUCCCUGUUGAGCAGCUCAGUCCUCACACCUGACAGCAGCCCAGGAAAACUGGACUCAGCCCCAUCACAGCCCCUGGAGGAGCCAGAGCCUGAUGAGGCAGAAUUCAGCCCUGAUCCUCAGGCUCCCUGGCUUAACUUCUCAGCCCAGAUGCCCUGCAAUGCUGCCCCUACACCACCCCCUGCAGUUUCCGAGGACCAGUCCACUCCCUCCCCUCAGCUUCCUGCCUCUUCCAAGCCAUUGAUUAGACCCAGUGUUGCCAAUUCCUGUUCUCCAGUGCAACUCUGUUCCACCCCCUUACCUAUGGUAACCUCCAAGAGGCGAGCAGAAAUGCCACAGAGUCCCACAGGGCUGGGACAGCCAAAACGAAGAGGCAGACCGCCCAGCAAGUUCUUCAAACAGAUGGAGCAGCGUUACCUAACCCAGCUGACAGCCCAGCCUGUGCCCCCUGAGAUGCACUCUGGCUGGUGGUGGAUCCGAGAUCCUGAGACAUUGGAUGCCACGCUCAAGGCCCUGCACCCCCGCGGCAUCCGGGAGAAAGCACUUCACAAACACCUUAGCAAGCACAGGGACUUCUUGCAAGAAGUCUGCCUGCGACCCUCAACUGACUCCAUCUUUGAGCCCAGUCAGCUACCUACCUUUCAAGAAGGUCUUAUGAGCUGGUCCCCCAAAGAGAAGACAUAUGAGACAGACCUGGCUGUGCUUCAGUGGGUUGAGGAGCUGGAACAGCGAGUUAUCCUUUCUGAUCUGCAGAUUCGGGGCUGGACAUGUCCUAGCCCAGACUCUACCCGUGAAGACUUGGCCUACUGUGAGCAUCUACCUGACUCCCCGGAGGACAUCACGUGGCGGGGGCGGGGCAGGGAAGGAUUGGCACCCCAGCGUAAGACCACCAACCCUCUGGACCUGGCUGUGACACGGCUGGCUGCACUGGAGCAGAAUGUAGAGCGGCGGUACCUGCGGGAGCCCCUCUGGUCAGCCCACGAGGUUGUGCUGGAGAAGGCCCUGCUCAGUACACCCAAUGGUGCCCCCCAGUGCACCACCACAGAGAUAUCGUAUGAGAUCACCCCUCGCAUUCGGGCUUGGCGCCAGACUCUUGAGCGGUGCCGGAGUGCGGCCCAGGUGUGCUUGUGCCUGGGCCAGCUGGAGAGGUCCAUUGCCUGGGAGAAGUCUGUCAACAAAGUGACCUGUCUAGUCUGCCGGAAGGGUGACAACGACGAGUUUCUUCUGCUUUGUGAUGGAUGUGACCGUGGCUGCCACAUUUACUGCCAUCGGCCCAAGAUGGAGGCUGUCCCAGAAGGAGACUGGUUCUGUGCUGUCUGUCUGGCCCAGCAGGCAGAGGGAGAAUUCACCCAGCAGCCUGGUUUCCCAAAGCGAGCCCAGAAACGGAAAAGUGGCUAUGUGCUGAACUUCCCAGAGGGCGAUGGCCGUCGACGCCGGGUACCGUCCAGGGGCCGAGAAGGCCUAGUAGUGCCUCGGUGUUCUGAAGAAGGGCUGUCCCCGUCCAAGCGGCGGCGGCUCUCCAUGCGCAACCACCACAGCGACCUCACGUUUUGCGAGAUUAUCCUAAUGGAGAUGGAGUCCCAUGAUGCAGCGUGGCCUUUCCUGGAGCCUGUGAACCCACGGUUGGUGAGCGGGUACCGGCGUAUCAUCAAAAAUCCCAUGGAUUUUUCCACCAUGCGGGAACGGCUACUCCGGGGAGGGUAUACCAGCUCCGAGGAGUUUGCAGCUGAUGCCCUCCUGGUAUUUGACAACUGCCAGACCUUCAACGAGGAUGACUCUGAAGUGGGCAAGGCUGGGCACAUCAUGCGCCGCUUCUUUGAGAGCCGCUGGGAGGAGUUUUAUCAGGGAAAACAGGCCAAUCUGUGAGGCAAAGGAGGUGGGGAGUCACCCUGUGGCAUCCUCUCCCCACCCCUCAAAAAAAAAAAAAAAAGAAAACCUGCCAUUCUCACCUGCUGAUGUUGCCCUGGGUCCAGACUCAAGAGUCAGAUAUGCUGUGAUUUUUGACCUGACCCUUGGCACGCCCCACAUCCUGUUAUCCCCACACCCCUUUCUCCUUUUCCUCCUCUUGCUCCUCAAAUAAGGGGGGCAGAGAUGAGGUCCUUCUGGACUGAAAGCCAAAAAAAAAAAAAGAAAGAAAAAAAUAAUUUUUCCUUUCUGUUUUAUUUCCUAAUUAAACAUAGGGAGGGGGAAAAACAACAUCCCUGCUUCCUCCUCCCAGCUUCCUCUCUCCUUCCCUGUAUGUGCCCCAGCAUUCUGGGGCUAUUUAACAAUAGCAAUAGUUCUAGUGAAUGUGUGAAACCGAGAAACACUCUGUACUGUGUGUGGACCCGCAGUCACGGCCAGUAAAGUGGACUUAACUCCCAAGUGUGUCGAGCCGGACACCGGGCCCUGGACAUGCUGCUUCCAUGUUCAGUCCCUCUCCUGCUUCUUGCCCCCCGCCCCGUUUUUCAGAUUUUUCCUUGUCCUAUAAGGUAAAACUGUCAUGUACGGGUUCUUCCCUCCUUUUCUCUUCCUCCAAAUCUUUUUUUUUUUUUCUCCCUUCAAAGGAAAAAAAAAGUUCAGUGGUCCCUGUCUUUCUCUCUGUUCCCAUCUUCUGCCAAUAGCUAUCCCCUCUACAAUGUUGGAUGCUCCUCACAUGCUGAGUUUCCAGCCUUUCCUGAAACUCAGUAGCUGGGGAGAGGGCAGGGAGGCAUCCUAAGCCUUCCAGCCUCCCUCCCCACCUCUUACCCAAACCUCCCUCUUGGGAACUCCUCAGGGACAACUACUGCUGAGCUUGGGCGCACCCCCAAGAUGGAGGCCAGGUAGCAAUGACUGGCCUCGGAGAGAGAGGUGUGUGUGUGCGCGUGCGUGCGUAUGUGUGUGUAUGUGAGAGAACGCUGUGAUUGUGCCCCUGUAUUGUUUGGUGAGAUCCAUUCAAUUUCCCCAAGUAUCUGUUUUUAUUCCCACUUUUCCCGUUGUUUCAAACCAUCAACUUUUGGUCUUCAGGAAACCACAAAGAAGAGUUUCUCUAGGGACAAGGCCACACGUCUCUCCUCUCUCCCAGUCUCUUCUCUUCCAGCCUCUUCAAACUGUGCAAUCUCUCAGCAGGAACUUCUCUCCUUUCAGUAGCUUUGAGUCUUAAGCUUUUGCAGGGAGAGGGGUAGAACUGGAUCUUUUCCUAAUCCCAUGAGCUUCUGUGGGUUUAGUUUUGUUCCUUCCCUACUUCAUGCCCAGGACUCCUUCCCCAGCAGCAGAAACCCCGGAGCACAGGAGAGUAGGGAGGAGGGGUUCUGGGUCCACCACUGCCCUACAUGUGAUUAUGCCCAAGUUAAGCUCCCAACAUGUGAGAGGAAAGCUGCUAACUCCCAGCUAGAGCCAUGGGCUCCUGGCCCCCUACUUUCCUGCUCAGCAGAGCCCCUCCCAUCAGAGAUUACGGGUACUUGCACUGGGGAGGUGGCUGCUGGCUGGCCCAAGCGGAGAGCUGAGGCAUCCAAGAGGGGUUCCCUUGGUGGGGGAUGGGGUGCCUGGUGAGGUGGAGCAUCCUUCUACUUAUGGCAGCACUGAAGGGGGUGGGGGGCAGUGUAGUUCCCGGGGCAGCCCCUUAUUCCUUUGUGUCCCUUCUCGCCCAUAGCCUAUUUCUAAAGUCGCCUUUUCUGUCAGAUAAACCUCAAAACUUUUAAUUUUAUUUGAGAUUUUUUUUUUUUUGCUUUUAAAUAAGAGGUGGAUUGAAGAAUAUUUGAAUUGACUUUAUAUUAUGCAUAAAUAUUUAUAUUUUAUCUAAAUAACUGCGCUGUAAUGAACUUUGUGUUAGUUAAAUAUUUGGAACUGUUAAGAGUUGGGGGCUCCUCUUUUUCCCCAUGGCAGUUUUCCCCUAGUAUAAAAUGUACUAGAUUAAUUUUAUUAUUGGAGGUGAGGUGGAUGGGGGAGUGAGAAAUCUCAGUUGUUCCUGCUUUGUGUUCCUCUCCCAGCUCCAUCUCUUUCCCUAGGGACCAGGCAUUCUUAAUGUGGGGUGGGGGUCCUAGCCUCAGCUUCAAGAGGUAGAGGCUGAAGGGGGGUGGGAUAGGAGUAGCGCUUGAUCCAAGGGGCCAUUUCUCACUUUUCUUUCCUCAUCUUCACUGCCCCUUCAGCUAGGUGGAUUUUCUCUUCUUGACAAAUAAAGAGUAUUUUGGUAGGGAAGGCAGGUUUUUAAAAAAAAAAAAAACAAAAAAAAAACCCACCGCCUCCCCCUGUCAGUCAGUCUGGUAACAGGAAGAAACCACACCGUCACCACCAACAAGUUUCCAUGUUCCUUUUACAACAAAAGGGACUGACUUUUUAUAUAACCAAAUGUGGUGUUUUAGUGACUUUUUGAUAAUGUACAGUUUUUUGUGAAUUUAAAUUUAUUUCUUUCUAUAUUUUUAGGACCAAUCUCAUUUUUAAUAAGGUUAAAAAAGGAAAAAAAAAAAAGUCUAGAGAAAAAACUCCUGUUUUGCCAUGUGAUGUUCCACAAGUGCAGCUGUAGAAAAGUGCUUGUCAGUUGAAUAAAAACCACAUUUGAUAGAGAUUCAAAA